AUGGCCACUCAACAGGUUCUUUUCGCCGAGACGAUUGCCGGCAUGAAAAAGGCCUUCAAGCGCAAGGCAUAUGAGUCUGAUUCCGACUCCGAAAUCGAAAAGUACGGCAACCGAGGCCAAAAACUCAAGCGAAAGGCUCGAUUGUCACACAGAGGGCAAUUGGUGCCCGCAGACGGCAUCGGCUCAUACAAUGAGUCCGUAGAGUACGCCGGUGUGCGACGGUCGAUCAUCCAUCGCAACCUACCUCUCGUGGACGAGGAAGGCUACGAAAUCGAUAGCGACGACGAUGAAGCCCGCAUCGAAGAGGCCCUGGCCGCGGCCAUGGAGCUAAAUCCAUACGCCAACAUUAACCUAGACAAUAUUCUCGCUCCCCUGACCGCAUCAACCGAUUUACCAACCCAUCCGACACUAUCCAAACCGUUCACAUCGCAGAAGCUGACCGACCUUGCCUUUCAGAGCAGUAUGAUGCUUCGUCGGGAGAACCACUCGCUCUGGCGAGUUCGACAUCUCUGGACCAGCCUUUGCGGCGACUACACUUGGGCGCCUUGCCAGAUGAUGCUGGGUCCGAAUGAUUCCGACCUCUUCACAGACGAUCAUGUCGCGCAACAUUUGUUAAACCUUUCCAAGCCAAAGGGACAUGGCAACAGCGGGGUUUCAACACCCGCCACAGUCACUGCGCAGGCACGAAACGAUGACGCCGAAGUCACAGCCAAUUCAGUUGAUCAGUCCCGCGAAAUCGUACCCCCCACAGCGACCUCCAACCAAGAGGCCGAUGUGCCCAUGAUUGACGUUGGCUCGACAGGCCCCAAAGACAACAAUGACGGUAACAGCGCCCAGUCAAACGGUUUAAGCAAGACUGCAGCUGUGAACGGAGACGAGAACUACAAGGCUGGCAAUAAUGAGGGAGCGGAGAAAGCUCAGGAUAGUGAGAAGGCGGGCCCAGCUCUGCAACCAAACAACAGCGUCGAUGAAGCUCACCAAGACCUUCACGUACCGGAGAUUCCUAAGUCCUCAGCGCUAUCGGAAGCUCCUGAGGACAGCUUUAUUCACCCGAUGUUUCUACCUCCAGUCGGCGCUAGCCCUGACAGAGACCUGGGACUGCCUGAACAAGAAGCCGAGGAUGUCCGAAGACUGCUUGCGCUCUUCGUCCAGAAACAAGAGGAGGUCUGUCGCGGGGUCAAGAAGCUGCACGACGGCCUGUACAAGGCCCAACGACUACGAAAAAACGUUCUGCACUGGUCCAAGGCAGAGGCGCACUGUGGCCCGAACCGUGACUUGUCCGAUGGCGAGGACUGGUAUGAUAAAGAGGAGUGGGGUCUCACAGAAGACUUGAAGAAAGGUCAAGAUGACGAGGAGGAGGACACGACAGCCACAGCCAAAAAGACGAGGAACCGAAAGUAG